AUGAAGGGGCUCGGCGUGCUGUACUGCUGCGCGGCCUCGCUGCUGCUGCUGCUCGGCACCGCAGAGCCCCACAUCGCGGCCCCGCGCGGCGCGGAYGAUGUCGGCCACCUUGGCGAAAGCCACGUGGCGGCCAGUGAGCCGAGGCUGCAGGAGGAGGACGGGGCCCUGCGCRCCGGCGCCCCGGAGAACACGGUGCUGCUCCCGCCCGGGGCCCGAGCCGCUGAUGUGGACGCCUCACGCUCCAGUUCUGACCGCGCCAGCCCUGAGGAGGAUAGUGGCAUCACCAACGUCUCCGCUACAGUCACUAGCCAGGAGGAGGCUGGUGAGCAGAAGGAAGGGCCAGCUGGAGGCCUGAGCGAGGCUGCAGGAGGCAGCGGGCUGGAGCAAACGGCCGCGGAGGAGGCGCAGGACUCGGCCGCAGCCCCUAUGGAGGGGCAGCCAUCGACCCYGGGCCACCCUACGCCAGGGAUGGCAGGACUGCCAGGAGACACCGUCAGCACUCAACACCACGGUGAACACCAGGAUGGCUUCAGUGCAGAGGAGGGCAGCAGGUCUGCGACCAGCACCCCGGAGCCCCRUGAGGGUGCCAGUCGUGAGCAAGGGGCCUCUGAGGAGAAGGAAACGGAGGAGCCUGGAGCAGUGUCUGCUCCUGAGCAGGAAGAAAAAGGGGACAAAGAGAGCUCUGAGGAAGAUGAGGAGGAGCAGGAAGAGUCUGAGGAAGAGGGAGAUGAACAAGGGGAGUCUGAGGAGGAAGGGGAGCAAGGAGAGUCAGAGGAAGAUGGGGGCAAAGAGUCCGAGGAAGGAGAGUCUGAGGAGGAGGGUGCUGGUGGAGCAGGGCCCAAGGAGGGAGCUGAAGGAAGUGAUAAGGAAAUGGCUAGCGCUUUGGAGGAGAAUGGGCAUGAUGAAGACACAGCUGGCUCUGCCAGCUGCCACCACCCACCCUGUGGAGAUGUGGAGCUGGAUGCUGCUAGCACCAAGAGCACUAAAGCGAUGGAAAAUCCCCCUGCAGCAGGCAACCCCCCUGCAGCAGAAAAUCCACCUGCAAUAGAAAACCCACCCGCAGCAGCAAAUCCACCUGCAGCAGAAAACCCGCCCGCAGGAGACAAUCCACCUGCAGCAGAAAAUCCACCUGCAGUAGAAAACGUGCCUGCGGAGGAGCCAUCGCUGAGGGGAGCGGAGAGGCCGCCUGGCCGCAGCGCCGCUGCCGAGCCCCGGCACGGCCAGAUAGAAGAGAUUGAGGAAGCCACCGAGACAACCAAGCGGGACCGGUCCCACUUGGAGAGCACCCUUAAGCUGAACGAAGACAAACCUGCUGAUGAUUUCUCAGGAGUAUUGCAGCGGCUGAGGAAGAUCUACCACUCCUCCAUCAAGCCCCUGGAGCAGUCCUACAGAUACAACGAGCUGAGGCAGCAUGAGAUCACAGCUUACCCUGGACGUACCCUGGGUUCCUCUGCCACAGAUGGGGAGAUCACUUCCAAGCCCAUGGUGCUAUUCCUGGGACCGUGGAGCGUGGGCAAAUCCUCCAUGAUAAACUACCUCCUGGGGCUGGAUGACACUCCCUACCAGCUCUACACAGGGGCAGAACCCACCACCUCUGAAUUCACUGUCAUCAUGCAUGGCCCAAAGCUGAGGACCAUCGAAGGCAUCGUGAUGGCUGCCGACAGCGCACGCUCCUUCUCGCCCCUGGAAAAGUUCGGGCAGAACUUCUUGGAGAAGCUGAUAGGGAUAGAGGUGCCUCACAAGCUCCUGGAGCGAGUCACCUUUGUGGACACACCAGGCAUCAUUGAGAACCGCAAGCAGCAAGAACGAGGUUACCCAUUCAAUGAUGUUUGCCAGUGGUUCAUCGACAGAGCUGACCUUAUCUUCGUCGUCUUUGACCCUACGAAGCUGGAUGUGGGCUUGGAGCUGGAGAUGCUGUUUCGCCAGCUAAAGGGCCGCGAGUCUCAGAUCAGAAUCAUUUUGAACAAAGCUGACAGCCUGGCCACCCAGGAGCUAAUGAGAGUCUAUGGUGCCUUGUUCUGGAGCUUGGCUCCUCUGAUCAAUGUCACGGAGCCGCCCAGAGUGUACGUUAGUUCCUUCUGGCCCCAUGAGUAUCAGCCAGAAACCCACCAAGACUUGUUCCUUAAAGAAGAGAUAUCCCUCCUGGAAGAUCUCAACCAGGUGAUUGAGAACAGGAUGGAGAAUAAGAUUGCCUUCAUACGCCAACAUGCCAUCCGGGUGCGCAUCCAUGCCCUUUUGGUUGAUCGCUACCUACAAACCUACAAGGACAAAAUGACCUUCUUUAGCGAUGGAGAACUGGUGUUCAGAGACAUUGUGGAAGAUCCUGACAAGUUCUUUAUUUUUAAGACCAUUCUGGCAAAGACCAAUGUCAGCAAAUUUGACCUCCCCAACCGUGAGGCUUACAAGGACUUCUUUGGCAUCAAUCCCAUCACUAGUUUUAAGUUGCUGUCCCAGCAGUGUUCCUACAUGGGAGGGUGCUUCCUAGAUAAGAUCGAAAAGGCCAUCACCCGUGAGCUUCCUGAUCUCUUGGGAAGCCUUGGCUUGGGGAAGAAGCCCAACGUUCUCUCCUGCGAUGUUACUGGCUGUGGCGAAACCCCAAAGAAUCGCUACAGGAAACCAUAGCGUGCUCUGUAAUACAACCAUCCAUGUGUUCCUACUGGUGAAUGAGCUUAUGUCUUAUCUGUCCAAGAAGCCAUGGUUUAUUAACCCUUAGAGAGCCGCACUGGCAAAGGCUACUGUACAAAGAGGACCUUGAGUCAUUGACAUCAAUGGCAGGGAAAGUUGGGUGGGCAUAAGAAAGAGAAUAAAAACUGUGAAUUCCUGACAUUUAUCUUUGUUCUUUCAAAUAGAAGGCAAUGUUUAAGCUGUAAGUACAAGCAAUGCAUGGUGAGCUAGAACUGUAGCUGCUUUUUUAUUAGUGCCAAGUUUCAUAUGUGUGAAGAAGAAAUUCAACCUCUGCAUGCACCAAGCCAGCAGGGGGCAAGAAAGAGGGCAUGGCGUGAGGGCACAGAGGAGAGUGUUGGCACAGUAARCCAGAACCACCAGCGGCCCUGGGGGCAAAGCACUGGGCAGGAGAGGCCAGGGCCCAGUUGUUGUUUUCAGGCCCAAAACGAACAAAAAAAAAAAAAAUCCUACAAAUCUCAGCAAUUCCCAUCUUGUUUUCUUUUCCAAGACUUUUAGGAUAUCCCAUGGCAUUCUUCUUUCACAUAACAGUUGGACUUAACUCUGCAGCCUUCACCUGGGUGUUUCCCUUCUGCAUUAUGAAGGAUUCAGCCCCCCAGCUGGCCGUUUGCAGGAGCAUUUGUAGCUCUGGAGAGGGAGCUGUGGUGGGGUUUGCAAGUCCACGUUGGAAGAAGAAGUGGCCUGGAAGGAGCCGUCAGAAUUGGCUGAGAUUUGCUUGAGGAGCAAGGGAAGCAGCCCAAGUCACAAAAUACUGCAAAGAUCCCUGAGCAGGUCCCCUCUCUCUGCACUGGCCCAGAGACCGGGUGUUCAGUGUCCGCAUGUGCCAUUAACCUCAAAAAUCCCAUGCUGGCAAUCAAGCCUGAGUGUCAGUAGGGCUCAGAGCGUUAAUCGUUUGGCAGUUUGACGUUGUUUAAGUCAGUGUUGCAUGCUUUCUCCAAGUUAGAUCCUUGUGUUUUGGGUUUUUGUUUUGCUGUUUGAAGGGAGAAGGGAAUAUCCUUUUACUAGCUGAAUCCCUUCCCCUCUCCGCUAAUCCGUUUUCCUUAGGAUAUUACGGAAGUUUUCUGCAGAUUGUUCUCUGUACAUCCCCCAUUUUUAGCUGUGAAGCCAUUGGCUCAUCUCUGCACGUCAGUGCUCGGUCCUGUGAGUUGCAGGCAAAUGACCUUCCAAAGCACCAGACGAGGUCCAGGUGUUGACCUGAGUCAAGCACAGAGCAACCAAGCAGGUUGAUGUUGCCCUGGAUGGAAACCUGUACCUCAGAGCAUGCCAAGGACCUGCUGAACAGCGUUUCUCCUCCCUCCUGCCAAGCACGCCACAGCUAACUGCUCUCCAGAGACUUCUGCAGCCGAGGAACUUACUUUGACAGGAACAAGAAGACAUGGAGGUGCUGGGUGAGGCAAGAAAAUGGCCAAGGAAACAGAAGAGUGAAAGAGAAAGCUGGAAAUGGAAGGCUCUGUCGUGAUGGAAAGGGCYGAAGGGCAGCACCUCUGUCCUCCACGUGGCUGCCCUCAUGUAGGCUAAGGCCAAAGGCUGGUGCCACCCUCUGACUGUGGGGUCCGUGUGUCCCCAGCACUGAGGCUGGGUGCUGCAGAGAGAUUCCCC